CCGCGUCUGACCCGGGGGGCCCUCAUUCCCCUGGGAUAAGCCAUGCCCCAAUACCCCCAACCUGCAGUAUCGCUCUCCCCUGCCACGCUUGCUGACCUGCCACGCCUCCCCAUGAAGACAGAGCCCUGGUGUUGGGAAAAUGGGGACAAUUGGCACAUCCGCCGGGGGGUAAGGUAAGGAAUCAUGUACGAGAAAAGGGCGGGGGACCCGAAUUGGAAACGAGCAGACGCAGCCUUGGGGGGUUCUUGACUGAUUGUGGAGGGUUGUGGUUGGCGCGCACCUUUACACUCCUUUGCCCUGGGACGAACCAACCCCGGAUCGGAACCGAACCUGCCUAUUCGUUCCUACACCUACCUUACACCUUCAACCUCUUCCUUUCUCACCUACUCACCUCGCUCUAUUAAUAAGGUGCUACACCACCACCACAUCCCUCUUCCGCGCCGUACAUGAACUCCUCUUGAGUUCAUCUGGUCAUUGGCGGCGACACAUCUUCGCUGUCUUCUCCCCCUCCACACCUACCCGUCGCGCCUGACUUCCACCGUCCGAUCAUCGAACCCUCACCGAAAAGCCGUCCUUCUCUCUCUGUCACCGCGGUUAUACGUGCGACCUUCCCGAAACGUCGACCUUGUCAGCCUCGGCCGUCGCCCGUCGCCCGUCAUCCGGUUACCCGUUAUCAACAAGGCCCAGGAACCUCCACUCGCGGGGCCGCCAGUGACGUGAGGCGGAGCCGAUCAGAACGCAUGCAGACCACUGUCCCGAGUGCCCGACGAUAACCACCUCCAACCACCUCACCUUCCGACGUCACGGCUCAACCCUCGCGUGCCUUUGAUCGAUCUUUUCCCACGUAGCAAUUGAACGCCGCAAUAGAUCUGGAUCAUACAUAAUACUAGCCCAUCAUGUUCGUCCUUCCCCCUCCCCCGCGAUACCCCUCGCACUCGGGCGCCUACGGCGCAAUCGGCGCCGGCAUCGCCCCCAUGAUCGAGACGAACAACAUCCUCUCCAACCCCGAAGGCCCUGAACACCAGUUCCUCGUCGGUGAGGGUACCUACGUUCUCAAAGAGUGCCUCCAUCUCGCCACCCCUCCACCGCAUCCCUCUGAGGCCCCCGUCGUCAAUCCGAACCCGCUCGCCACGACCCCCCAGCCCGCCUCCGCCGGUACCAAGCUCUCCCUCAUAUCUCUCGACGUCCGUGCCGCGCCCCCAUUCUUCUACAACAAGGGCGCCAGCACAUCCACCACGCUCUCCUCCUCCCUCGGCGGCGACAUUCAGGAGCACCCCAACGAAGGGCGGUACUCUACCGAGGCAGGACUGAGCAGCGAUGGAGGGGACGGCCGCGGUGCCUCCCUCAGCGACGGCGUCGCGCCCCCGACGUCGUCAUUGACCAUGGUCUCGGCUCCGGCGUUCGGGGAUGGAAACUCGGCACUCGCGCCGGCCAACACCAAGGACGCGGCCAAGAAGAAGGUGGCCAAGCCCAAGAACAACAUGACCAAGAGCAACUCGUCCUUCAUUUCUAGAGUCAUUGUGAACGAGAGCUUGGCCAAGAAGCUUCAGGAGCGGCCGACGGACGGCGUUUUUGCGUUUGCCAAUAUCAAUCGAGCGUUUCAGUGGUUGGAUCUAUCAUCACCAACAAAGGCCGAUUACUUGACCAAGAUUCUAUUUACAAAGGCGCAUUGCCUGUGUCACGACGUGAAUCCCAUCACCAAGAACAUUGCUCAUAUUGAUGUAAUCAUGGGCUUCUCAACGGGAGAAAUCAUCUGGUGGGAACCUGUUUCUCAACGGUAUACUCGGUUGAACAAGAACGGCAUCAUCAACGGCACACCGGUAUCAGAGAUCCGUUGGAUACCAGGCUCCGAGUCCCUCUUCCUAGCAGCGCACAUGGAUGGCUCACUCGUGGUCUACGACAAGGACAAGGAGGAUGCGCAGUUCUCCCCAGAGGAGGAGCAGCUCGCAACCAACGGCUCAUCAACAAACGGAGAGAGCGAUUCGUCGACCAACGGCGUCAACCACAACCUCAAGAUCCAGAUCAACAAGUCGGUCCACUCAAAGAACCAAAAGACGAACCCCGUGGCAUCAUGGAAGCUGUCGAAUCAGCGCAUCAACGCGUUUGCUUUCAGCCCGGACAAUAGGCACCUGGCAGUCGUCUCGGAAGACGGCUCGCUCCGCAUUAUUGAUUACUUGAAAGAAGAGUUGCUGGAUCUCUACAACUCGUACUACGGCGGCUUCAUCUGCAUCACAUGGUCACCGGACGGUAAAUACGUUCUGACGGGAGGCCAAGAUGACCUCAUCUCCAUCUGGUCCGUCGUAGACUCGGCCAUUGUCGCGCGCUGUCAAGGUCACCAGUCAUGGGUGACAUCGGUGGCAUUCGACCCGUGGCGUUGCGACGACAGGAACUAUCGGUUCGGCAGCGUCGGCGAAGACUGCAGGUUAUGCCUGUGGGAUUUCAACGUCGGCAUGCUGCACCGGCCCAAGGCGGCUUCCGUUCAUCACCGAGGCUCCGUAUCAUCACGGUUCGCCAAUCCCUUGCAGAGACAAGAGACGACCAACACGUCGGCGAGCCGCAUCCGGUCCAACUCGACUCUCUCGGGAGGCGCGGUGGACGAAGACGGUAGCAGCAUCGUUCAUCCUGUUGAGCCUCGCGCGAGGAUCGCCAUGCUACCCCCUGUUUCUUCCAAGGCAGUUGAUACCCAUCCCCUGUGCUGGCUGGAAUUCACAGAGGAAGCCAUCAUCACAAGUUGCAAGAACGGUCAUAUCAGAACAUGGAAUAGGCCGACUGAUGCCCCGGUGCCGACGGAGGGUGCCUCUCAACCAUCUUAGCCGCAUAUUCGUCUUUUGGUGGAACGAUAAUGAGUUGGCUACCCUUUGGUUUUUCGUUUCGUUGCAGAUAUUGGGGGAGUCGAGGUGUAGAAAUCAUGUCAGCCGAUGCAUCACCCCUCUACGCGGGGGCUUUGUCCAUAAUUCUUUUACCGAAAAGUACUUUUUCGCUCAAUGUCAAUCAAACCAUCU